AUGGCUUUGCUUCGGGUUCUUGUGUUUAAUCAUGAGGGUAGACCGGUUCAGUUUGACACGUGGCUCGAUGACCUGCAGCUGUACCUACUGAGCGAUUCUAAGGACAGUGUCUCGCUGUUUGACCUAGCGUCAGGCGCUGCUACUGCCCCUCCCGCCACAGCUGACAGUUCGACUCGCUCACAGUGGCUUACUCGCGAUGCUGCUGCCCGCUUAGCCAUUCGCAACCACCUGCCAUUAGCUGAAUGCGCUCACUUUGGACAGCACAGGACGGCGCAGGCGCUGUACGACGCUGUAGUCGCUCGCUACUCCUCCCCUGCCACUGCUGCUCUAGGCCGCCUACUUCUGCCCUACCUGUUCCCCGAGCUGUCCGCCUUUGCCACAGUCAAGGACCUGGUUUCCCACCUUCGCGCUAGUGACGCUCGCUACCGCGCUGCCGUUCCUGCUGAGUUCCUUGACAGGAACCCGCCCCCGAUGUACAUCACUCUCUACUUUAUAGUCACCCGCCUCCCUGACUCUCUUCGCUCUGUCAGGGACCACUUCCUCUCUCUUGACCCCACCUCCCUCACUGUUGACCUCCUCGAGCAGCAUCUCCUCGCAGCUGAGACUAGUGCAGUUGCUGUAGGUGCUUCUCGUGGCACUCCGCGCCCGCCCUUCUUUGAGGGGUGUUCCCCCUCCCCCCUUGCCCCCUCCUACGCCUCAGCAAGGCCAAGGGUGGCCGGGGUGGUGGUGGUGGCAGCGGUGGUGGUUGAGGUGGCAGCGGGAGUGGUGGUGGGGGCAGCAAUGGAGGUGGUGGCGGCGGUGGGACUGUUGGCGGCAGUGGGGGCUCUGGUGGCGGUGGUGGAGGAAGUGGUGGGAGUGGCGGCAGUGGAGGCGGUGGGACUGGUGGCGGUGGGACUGGCGCUCAGCGUGUCAGUUCUGGGGGUGGCUAGCGUCACCAGCAGCAGCGUCGGAGCGAGACCCCGUCUCCCCAGCAGCUUCGUGAGUGGUUUCUGCGUGGGGCGUCUGGGGGUAGUUGCCCGUAUAGCCGUUGCUGCUCUAGGUGCUAGUGAGUCUGGUACUCUCCCUGGUACUGCGCCUGCUCAGGCCUUGCACACCUUCACGUUGGACUCAGGCGCCUCGCGCUGUUUCUUUCGUGACAGCACCACCCUCACUCCUCUCCCUGCACCUGUCCCGGUCUCUGCCUCCCUUGCCGCCCUCGUCUGCCCCGCCCUGCCUCCCUUGCGUCGAGGGGCGGCAGCGCGCCGCUCCUCACUCCUCCUCGUUUCCCCCGACGACUGCUCCCCUGCAGACUCUCCACAUGGACGUGUGGGGCCGAGCCCGCGUCAGUGGACAGAGCCGCGAGCACAAAUUUCUGCUGGUAGUUGA